AUGUGGUAUCAACUAGAACCUACACAAGCACACAUUGCAUAUGGCUUGAUUGGAGCUGUUUCUGUGAUAUUUUCUCUGGUCUCCCUCGUGUUCAAGGAACAACUGUUCAUCGGAGAAGCUAUUGUCGGGACGUUCUUUGGCUGUAUCGUGGGUCCCCGAGUCUUGAACUGGUUUGACCCGUCGCGCUGGACCAGUAAAGUGGAUGAUCUCACGUUUGAACUCUCUAGGCUGAUAUUGGUCAUUCAGUUGUUUGCUACUGGGGCAGAGCUUCCUCCCAAAUAUGUGUGGAAACAUGUACGAUCGCUCAAUUUGGUCCUCUUUGGGGCCAUGAUUUACGGCUGGCUGGUACUUUCGCUCUUUGUGUGGCUGAUUUUCCGGAGCGUCGGCCUCAACUUCAGCGACUCUUUACUGGUGGGAUCCACGUUUGUUGCAACUGAUCCUGUCCUAGCAGCAGCCAUAGUUGGCAAGAGCAAAUUCGCUGAAAGAAUCCGUGCAGACAUAAGAAACUUGAUCCAAGCCGAGUCGGGGUCGAAUGACGGUCUAGCGUUCCCCUUCGUGACACUUUCGAUGAACCUCAUUCUCAACAGGCCGGACAACAUCCACGCGGGCAAAAUAGUAAAGGACUGGAUUCUCGUGGGCAUUUUGUAUCAAUGCGCGUUUGGAGUGCUAUUUGGGGUCGUUAUUGGCAGCUUGGGCAGAUAUUCUUAUCUUUUCUCUCGCAAGCAACAUUGGAUAGACAACGAGUCCUCGCUGGUGUUCUAUGUUGGCCUGUCACUAAUCAUUACCGGAAUGGCGUCGAUCUUGGGCUGCGACGACUUGCUAGCUUCUUUUUCUGCUGGGUGCGCCUAUAGCUGGGGUGGACAAAUAGACUUCGAACUACAACCCAGCGGCGAGGAACAUACAGACUCCGAGCCCUUGCGCUUUUCCAGCAUUGUUGAUCUGCUUCUCAAUACUGCAUACUUCGUUUUCGUGGGCUCAAUUCUUCCAUGGAACGAGUACUCUCCAUAUGCAGGUAGACUGGUGGCGCUGGGCGUUGUUUUCGUGUUUCUUUCCAGAAUCCCGGCCAUGCUUCUUCUGCAGCACAUUACCCCAGAUAUCCGGGACUGGAAGGACGCGCUCUUCAUUGGCCAUUUUGGGCCCCGUGGGGUCGGCUCUAUUUUCUGCUGCCUUUUGGCCAAGCACCUACUGGAAACCCGUUCUCCGGACCCUUCUUCGCACGAGACUCUCCUCAAAGUUCUGUGGCCAAUAACCACGUUUAUUGUUGUGGUUUCCGUUGUCGUCCAUGGCUUUUCCAUCUGCUGCUUCACCGUCUACUCAACAGCAGUGAAAGUCCGGAUUGAACGGCAAACCACUGCAGAGUCUAUGGACUCUGUCGACCCUGCUGACAAGCCUAAGUCCUCUACUCGCCGACGGAUGUCGAAGCUGCGGGUUGUGCAACCAGACGCUGACGACCCCGGCUUCCCCAAAUAUGCUUACGUCAGCCGUUCCAAGGUGACCCUGGUGAACCGUCAUGGCGAUGUGGUCAGGGAGUUUGAGAACAAACACGGCUCUGUCAGCCCGACGUCACAGUUUGUGGCUUUCAAGGAGGGUAACCACAUAAUCAUCGAGAGCAACGGCUCCGAAAUCAAACGCUAUGACCUGGAGUCGGUAGCCUGA